ACCAACUUUGUAAGAGACAGAAAGAACAUCUGCAAGUACAAUGCUGUUCCUGCAGCUUGUGUUGCUGGUGGUUCUCCUCCCAGAUGGUGACAGUGAAGAUGUAUUCCAGGAGCCGAUCUCCUUCCAAAUAAUUCUGACCUUAUCCUUCUACAACUGUUCCUGGACACAAAAUUUUGCCUCAGCUUGGCUGGAUGAGAGGCAGACUCAUAGCUGGAACAACAAGACUGGAGCUUUCAUUUUCUUGGUGCCUUGGUCCAAGGGCAACUUAAGCAAUGAGGAGGUGAUUACAGCAGAAGAGUCAUUGUAUUCAAACAUCAUUGGAAUGCCCCAGUGUUUUCAUGACCAUUUCAGUGAAUGGCAGCUUGAAUAUCCCUUCCAGGUACAGCUGGCAGGAGGCUGUGAGCUGCAUUUUGGGGCACCAUCAGUAGGCUUCAUGAAGAUUGCUCAUCAAGGAUCAGAUCUUGUGAGUUUCCAGAACACGUCAUGGUGGCCAUCUCCAACAGGAGGAAGUAGGGCUCAGCAGGUUUGCAGACUACUCAAUGAGGACCAUGAAGACAAUGAACUAAUGCAUAAGGUCAUCAUUGACCAUCUCUCAAGUCUUCUUGAUGUAGGAAAGGCAGAUCUCCAGCGACAAGUGAGCCCAGAGGCCUGGCUGUCUACUGGCACUAGUACCAGUCCUGGCCAUCUCCUGCUGGUGUGCCGUGUCUCUGGGUUCUACCCAAAGCCUGUGUGGGUGAUGUGGAUGCGGGGUGACCAGGAGCAACAGGGGACUCGGCAAGGUGAUGUUCUGCCCCAUGCUGAUGGAACGUGGUAUCUUCAGGCGUCCUUGGAUGUGAAAGCCACGGAGGCUUCUGGCCUGUCAUGUCAAGUGAGACAUAGCAGUCUAAGAGGCCAGGACAUGGUCCUGUACUGGGAGCAGCCCCAAUCCAUGGGCUUGGUCUUCCUGGAAGUGAUGGUGCCCCUGGUGCUUCUGGCAGGUCUGACAUUGUGGCUCUGGAAGUGCUGGAAAACACACUGGAGACUUCCGUGCACUGACCUCCCUUCUGAGCAAGAUCCCAGCAGCCCAGGCUCUGGUACUUACCUACGCCCAGCUCAGCAGUGACAUCCUUGUAAAUCUCUGUGUGCAAAUUUGUCUUUCAUUUUUGUGUAAUGAUCAGUUGCCAAUAUAAGCUCAGUGUAAUUUAGCAGGA